AACUGUUAAAGGAAGUGUGCUUAUUUUCAAAGUUCAUUUGGAUUUCUAGGAGUAUGUAUAACAGGGAUUUUUUUUUAAUGACUAGUCAGUUUAUUUCUAUGAACAUAGAUGUGUAAAACAGAAAUGAGUUGUUUUCAAUAAAAUAUGGAUUUCAGUUGGCAUAUACUUUUAGAAAGAAGUACAUCUGAAUAUUAUUUACUACAAUAAUAUAAAUUUACAGCACGAGGAGCAGAAAAUCUAUAAAAGGAAAAUAAAAAUUGCUGCUGGGUAUGGUAAUUGGGAUCCAUUUUAAUAAGGAACAACUGGCUUGAUUAGGGAUUCUCUAGAGAAUGAUUGUGAAGAAAAAUAUGUUCACACGAGACAAAGACCAAGUUCUGCCACUGUAUAGGCCAGUUAUUUAGCGCAACAUGACUUGCAGGCAUUACAGUAUUUAUUUUGGGAACACAUUAAAUGCACAGUAUGCUAUGCAGCACUUCGUGUUUAAAAGAGCCAAAUAUAAAGGAAAUAGGGAUCUAUAUUGUCCUUAGUGUAUAACUAUGUGUUCCUUGUUUGCUAAACGUCUCACACCAGGCAGUGAAUCUGAAUAGUGUCGAUACAGAGUGGUUGUAUGGUAGAUUCCAUGAUUAAUCAGUGAAAUUCCAUCCUCUAGCAUCACUCACUGCCCUCUUGUGAUGUAAGACCAGACGUACACUGCAUUGAAAAGUCAAGACACACACCACACAUACACCUACAAAUUCUGCUGAAAGCAGAGGAGGGAGAUCGGCUCAUUUAGCAGAAGAAUUUCCUUUGACAUUUCCAGAUUACGCAGCUCGACACUGGUUCUCUGCUGACUUACUGAGUGUGCAGCGAGGCAGUCUCAGCCUUCAUUUGUCGCAAUGUCUGAGUUUAUUUUAGCUUUGGUAACAAUAUCAGGAUUAUUCCCUAUCGCCAAGGCUGUAUCAGUUCUAGUUGAUAAAGACCACAAAACAUGUGGACCAGCUGAAUUUCUUUGCCAUGACCAUGUGACUUGCAUCUCACUGAACUGGCUCUGUGAUGGUGAACCAGAUUGUCCAGAUGAUUCAGACGAGUCACUUGAUCAAUGUACUAGACACCUGGAAUUUACAUGUCCUGUGAAUCAUUUUGACUGCAUUGGGGCGAGAAGAUGUAUUCACAUGAGCAAACUCUGCAAUGGCAUAAAUGAUUGUGUGGAUGGGCUUGAUGAAGGAUAUCAUUGUCGAGAAUUUGCAUCCUCCUGUGCCCGAGCCCAGUGUCAGUAUCGGUGUGCAGUCACAAGAAAUGGUACAUCUUGCUACUGCAAUAACGGUUUUAAUAUAGCACCAGAUGGGAAAGGCUGUGAAGAUUUGGAUGAAUGCAGCAUAUAUGGAACAUGCAGUCAAACAUGCAUGAAUAGCAAUGGAUCGUACAUCUGUGGCUGUGUCGAAGGCUACUUGAUGCAACCUGACAACAGAACUUGUAAAGCCAAAAUUGAACCUAUUGAUUCACCACCUGUUCUUUUGAUUGCCAACAUUAAAAGUAUCGAGGUGACGAGACUGGAUGGAUCAAAUAUUCCUAUCCAGAAUUUCAUCAAUACUAAUGGAAUCAUUGCAUUGGAUUUUAUUUACGAUGAGGAACUUGUCUGCUGGAUCACAGCAGAGGAAAUGUCCAUUCAUGCUGAGCUGAAAUGUGCCAGGAUGACACCACUGAAUGGAUUUUCUGAAGAAAGAAUCAUCAAUAUUUCACACAGCCUCCACAGUGAGUACUUUCAGCACUUAAACCUACCUUAG